AUGGUUGUUCGCGAGCAGCUAUGCACAGCAGACCAAGACCAGGAUCCAAACUUGCACAUAGAUAUGCAUACAGACUACGGGCUCAAAUGGGUCAAUAUGGCCCAGGCGAUAUCCACGAACAAGAUCGAAGAGUAUCCUAUAGUCACUGCAGAUCGUUCUUCGAUUCAUGCUACAGAUUCUUCUGGAUCCAACGGAUCAGCCGUUUCUACGUCAGUCAACAUGUGGGAUGUGCACGGAUUGAUAUUAUCCUUUUCAGUCAUCCUCAACUGUCUUGGAAUACUAUUGAUCCGCAGCGGACUCAAGUGGGCGUUUCGCGGUCAUUGGAUCGUGCAAGCUCUCUCCGCCCUUGGGUUGCUGAUCGGUUGUCUCAUUGGUGUUCUGAAAAGCACACAUGUAUUUCAGAUUGGGACUUUCGCGUCGACACACAAGUUGGUUGGACUUGCGAUCGCUGUUGCAGUACCUGUUCAGAUUACGUUCGGCUACAAACACCACGUCAACUACAUCAAGUACGGAGAACGUACUACAUCUUCCUUGGUUCAUAUCUAUCUUGGUCGAGCCCUCUUUAUAGCGUUGAACGUAAACGUCUUCCUGGGGCUGUUACAUGAGAGGAAAAGCAGUACCUUGCGAUGGCUGUGGGCAGUGGUCGUUCUCUUCGAGAUGUUGGCGGUAGGCACGAUGAUGUUUGCGAAGCGCACCAAAACUGGGAAGGGAUAUGGGCAGGUAGAAGGCGAAGAGUUUGAUCCAUUUGUGAUUGAAGACGAAGAAGAGAAGUUGAGAGAUCCUGAGUCAUUCGACUCAGGACCAAGCAAUGACUCGUAG